UUAGAAAUGUUGUCAAUUCUCGUAAAUCUGUAUAAUAUGGGCAAAACUGCCAAACGUGGUAACUUUUAGUCAUUUUGGAAAGAAAUAAAAAUAUAAAUGAACACAAUCCUCUGAAACUUUCAUACAUUAUUUAGUACAUUUUGAGAGUUGAAAACAUAAUCUUGCAUGAUAAAAUUAAAUAAACAUUUGGUUAUUUAACACAAAAUUUAAACUUCAUUAUCGUGGGGAAUAAAAACAAGUACUUCAAUAACAAAUCAUGAUAAAUAUCAUCAUCACUUAGGAAAAGUUAAUGAUAUUUUGAAUCAUUGCGUCAACGCUGCUUACAAAAACUACGACUUUUCGAUGUUGAUUCAAGUGAAAAAGUAUUGAUUUUUAUAAUCAAGUGUCGAUUUAAUACAAUAACAAAAUGUUAUUACAAGUUAAACAGCGUAUUAAAAAUUCAGUUGACAUGGUUAUAAGAAGGCAAUACAAUACGCAUUUAAGAAGCGUUAUGUGGAUAUCCAUUUUUAUUUUAAUACUCUGUUUUAUAAUAAUAAUUUUAACGUGGAUGACAAAUUAUAUCGAUGGAUUAAUUACUAGUGAAUUGCAGUUAAGAAAUGGCUCGUUAACAUUUUUAUGGUGGAAAACUCCUCUAGUAAAAGCUUUAUAUCGUAUUUAUAUUUUCAACUAUACUAAUAUCCAAUCUAGUGAAAUCAAUUUUGAAGAUAAGCUAAAAGUUCAAGAAGUUGGACCGUUCAUAUAUAAAGAAAAUCUUACAAGAGUAAAUUUACAAAUGAAUACUGAUGGAACUAUAACAUAUCAAGAAAAUCGAGUUUACGAUGAGAUGAGACAUAAUAAUAUAUCAUAUGAUUUAAUAUUGAAUGUUCCAAAUAUUCCUGUUUUGACAGCAAUAUCCUUAGUACGAGAAAUGAGUUUUUUGGUUCAAGUAUCAUUAACAGCUAUACUAUCUACUAUCCAAGCAAAAUCUUACAUUUCAAUUUCAGCAAAAGAAUUUCUUUGGGGUUAUGAUGAUGAAUUAUUUGAUUUUGCCCGUCAUUUCAUGAUGUGGAAUCAAAAUGCGCCAUUGUCCAAAAAAUUUGGAUUAUUAGCUCCGAAAGUAGGUUUAUCUGGAGAUCGCAUAACGAUUGAAACUGGCAUAAAUAAUUUAGAAAAGCUUGGAAAUACAGUAAAAAUUAAUAGAGGAACAUAUAAGUCAUUGGAAAUGAAUGAUAAAUGUAAUAUAAUCGAUGGUUCUGAUGGUAGCAUGUUUCCUCCAUUUUUAUUGCAUAAUCGUAAUCGAACUUUGAAAGUCUUUGCAAAAGAACUUUGUCGAACAAUUCAUUUUAGCUAUGUCGGUGAAAGCAUUUCACGAGGGCUUAAAACUUUUAGAUAUAAAAUGAAUGAACAUUCUUACACUCAACGAAAAAAUGUUGACACUCUAUGUGCAAAACCAAUUUGUUAUCAUAUCCACCAGAAAAAUUGUGAAUACAAAGGUUUAUUUGAUGUUUCUUCGUGCCAUUACGGAGCACCUAUUAUUGCAUCAUUUCCUCACUUCUAUCAUGGCGAUAAUUCUUUAUUCAAGAAUGUUGAUGGUCUUGAACCUCAAAGUGAUCUCCAUCAAACAUAUAUCGAUCUACAUCCACGUCUUGGAGUACCAAUUGAAGGAAGAUCCAGAAUGCAAAUGAAUAUUGUAGCCACUAAGGCAGAAAAUGUACCUUUCUUAGGUCCUAUUAUAGAUGGAACUUUAUUACCUGUUAUGUGGGUAGAAAUCGGAAUAGAUGAAUUGCCUGAUUCAAUUAUGAAAAUGUUAUAUCAUGCAUACUAUACUGUAAACAGUAUUCAAGUUAUUAUACAGUGCAUAAGUUUAUCAGGAUUUAUACUGUCAUGCAUAGUUUUGUACUCAAUUCGUGGAUUGAAUUAUUAAGAGUCUUUUCCAGAUUUUUUAUAGUUAAAUGUGUAUGUAAUGAGCUGCUUUCAAUAAUUUUUUUAUAAUGUUUUCAAAAAUAAUUUAUUUUAAAUGCAAUAAAUCCUUUGCUUAAGUAA